GGACUGCGACGCUCUGACAUCAGAACAAACAUGGCUGCGUCCUGCAGACUUUCCCUCGUACCCUAAAUUUUUGCGCCUAGCUCGGGUCAGGUUUAGAGUCACACUCGGCCUUUCACCAGCCAUGUUUUCUCUCCGAAAUUGCGGUCUCUGGGUCGCGGCCUCCCUCACCAAAAAGCGCCUUACGUUGGCCCGGUUCAGCGGUGACAGCGCGGCGCCCUUGGCUACGAAGUUUGACGUGAUAGUCAUCGGCGGAGGACAUGCCGGGACCGAGGCAGCCGCCGCUGCUGCUCGUUGCGGCUCCCGGACCCUGCUACUCACCCACCGCGUGGACACGAUCGGUCAGAUGUCCUGUAAUCCUUCCUUUGGUGGCAUUGGCAAAGGGCACUUAAUGAGGGAAGUUGAUGCCUUGGAUGGGCUUUGUUCUAGAAUCUGUGACCAGUCUGGUGUACAUUACAAAGUAUUAAACCGGCGUAAGGGACCAGCUGUUUGGGGUUUGAGAGCUCAAAUUGAUAGGAAACUCUAUAAGCAGAACAUGCAGAAAGAAAUCCUAAAUACACCGCUGCUUACUGUUCAGGAGGGAGCUGUAGAAGAUCUUAUUCUUACAGAACCAGAGCCUGAGUACACUGGGAAAUGCCGUGUCAGUGGCGUGGUUUUAGCGGAUGGAAGCACAGUACAUGCAGAGAGUGUGGUUCUGACUACUGGGACGUUCUUGAGAGGCGUGAUUGUAAUUGGAUUAGAAAUGCAUCCAGCAGGACGUUUAGGGGAUCAGCCUUCCGUAGGGUUGGCUCACACUCUGGAGAAGUUGGGGUUUGUGGUGGGAAGAUUGAAGACUGGGACUCCACCCCGAAUUGCCAAAGAGUCCAUUAAUUUCAGCAUUCUAAACAAGCAGACACCAGAUAAUCCAUCCAUACCAUUCAGUUUUAUCAGUGAGACAGUGUGGAUUAAGCCAGAAGAUCAGCUGCCAUGUUACUUGACUCACACCAACCCUAAAGUGGAUGAGAUUGUCCUUGAGAACCUUCACCUUAAUAGUCACAUUAAGGAAACUACAAGAGGACCCCGAUACUGUCCAUCCAUUGAAUCAAAGGUUUUGCGUUUUCCAAACCGUCUUCAUCAGGUUUGGUUGGAACCUGAAGGAAUGGAUUCUGACCUCAUCUACCCCCAAGGGUUAUCUGUGACGCUACCAGCUGAAUUACAGGAGAAAAUGAUCACAUGCAUCAAAGGCUUGGAGAAAGCUAAAAUGAUUCAGCCAGGUUAUGGUGUUCAGUAUGAUUAUUUAGACCCCCGUCAGAUCACUCCUUCUCUUGAGACUCAUUUGGUGCAACGGCUCUUCUUUGCUGGCCAGAUAAAUGGCACUACUGGUUAUGAGGAAGCUGCAGCUCAAGGUGUGAUAGCUGGAAUCAAUGCAAGUCUUCGGGUCAAACGCAAGCCUCCUUUUGUCAUUAGCCGAACAGAAGGCUACAUAGGAGUCUUGAUUGAUGACCUCACCACACUGGGUACCAACGAACCAUACCGCAUGUUCACGAGCCGAGCAGAGUUCCGUUUGUCACUGCGCCCUGAUAACGCCGACAGCAGGCUCACGUUCCGAGGGUAUAAGGAAGUUGGCUGUGUGUCCCAACAACGAUAUGAAAGAGCUUCUUGGAUGAAGUCUUCUUUGGAAGAAGGCAUUUCUGUGCUAAAAUCCAUUGAGUUUUCAAGUUCUAAAUGGAAAAAGUUAAUUCCAGGGGCUUCUAUAAGUAUUGGUAAAAGUCUGCCUCUCAGAGCUCUAGAUGUUCUGAAGUAUGAGGAAGUUGACAUGAAGUUAUUAGCCACAGCUGUUCCAGCGCCCUUGAAGAAGUACAUUACAUGUAGAGAACUAGCUGAAAGACUGAAAAUAGAAGAGAGAUCUACCACUUUGCUAUGUUUCGGCUGUGCAUAUAGGAUGACCCAGGUGCUACCUACCAUCCUACCAUGCAAGUUAACCAAAGUCUGGCAACAAUGGGAAACUCACCAAAACUGCAAAUGACAAGACACUAGUAGUACACUGAUGUGUGAAAAUAAUGUACUUUUAUUUCAACUUCAUGAUUUCUCUAUGAAGUAAAAAUUACUUAAUUGAACAUUCAGGAUGUUAUCACCUGGGGACAGGUGAUUAAAUUCUGUAUUUUAAACUUGGUUUGCAACUUUACUUUGUUCCAUAAAUCAUCAGGUUUGAGUUAGAAUAAUCCAGAAUAAUUAUCGUUAACUUGUUCAUAGAAAACCCUGACUUCAGUCAUGAAGUAGCUACUGUUUUGCCUUGUUUUUUAAAGACUCUGGCACAUAUAAAGACUCUAUAUCCAUGGCUGAAUAGAAACAUUAGGUUAAAAUAUAAGAUAUAUCAGUGGUUCUCAAAUCACUACAUGGACCCUCUGUACCAGAUAGCAAGUUUCGUAAUGGCAGAAAUCAGUUUCAGAUUCUUCUUUGUAUUCUUUCUCAUGUUUUAUUAUAUAUAGAUUUGAAAGUUUAAGUAAAUAUACCUUUAACAUAUACAUUCCCUCACUUAUAUCCCAUGAUCCUCUGUAAGGUCUAUUUAUGAGUAAUAUAUUUGUAUGACAGUUUUUUGUGCUAACUUGUCAUAUUACGAUGUUGUAUUAAGCCCUUUACAUGUAGUAUUUUGUUUGGUAUUUAGAAUUGUCCUCUGGGGGCGCCUGGGUGGCUCAGUGGGUUAAGCAUCCACCUUUGGCUCAGGUCCAUGAUCUCAUAGCUUGUGGUUGCAAGCCCAUGUCGGGCUCUGUGCUGACAGCUCAGAGCCUGGAGCCUGCUUCGGAUUCUGUGUCUCCCUCUCUCUCUGCACCUCCCCCCACUCAUGCUCGCUCUCUCUCUCUCUCUCUCUCUCUCUCUCAAAAAUAAACGUUAAAAAAAAGAAAGAAAGAAAAAGAAUUGUCCUGUGAAGGAUAGGUAUUAGCAUUAUUGUCUUAAUUUUACAAAUAAGUGGUAACCUGCCUAAGAUCACACAGUUGGUGAGUGGCAAAGCAUCUGGGUCGGCCCUUACAAUUUGUGGAUAAAGAAGCUAAGGCCCAGAAGGAUAAUGAUGUACCCAUAGUCAGGUUCAUUGAUAGAGCCAGGCUCAUAGCUGAGAUUUUUCUGACUGCUAAUCAAGUGAUAGAAGCAGAUAUUAUCAAAACAUCUUAGGGAAAGCCGGCUUUCUUACAGGAUAGAAUGACCACCUCAAUUUAGAUUUUGAAACAGGUUUUGAGUUUAUUUUUCUAAGAACAGAAUACUUCACAAAAUAAUUGCUAAAUUAUCCAACGUCAUUUCUU